AUGGCAGAAUUUGCCCCUCCAGUCCGCCGCGGCGACUUCGUUUACUCCUCCGUCCUCUACGCAGACCCUGGCGGGAAUCACCACACGCGCGCCAGUGUCGCUGAGCUUGCGGCUCUCCUCCGUCCGGAAGCACCCAAUCUAUACAACAAGGGUAAAAAGCCCGAAGUCGCGACACCAGUAAAGGAUCAAGUGUGGCAUUUCUAUGCUGCCCAGCUCAUUCACUAUGGUUUGCCGGUCACAAAGGACAAGAACGCGGCGAAAGUGCGACUCCUGAAUGCCAUGAACCAAUUCAAGCUUGAGGUAUCAGCGUGGAUUUUGAAGUUGGAGAGCGAACUAAAAGCCGAGUGGGAGGCAGAGAAUAGGAAGUUAAAGAAGGGUGCCAGUUUGGGCAAGAAGGCGACCAAAUCUAGCACUGUCGGCAGUUCAAGUAUCGGUAGUUCUCACGGUGUGACUGGUGGGGUCAACGUCUCUGACAAGUCAUCACGAGUUAAGCGUAAGCACGCGGACAGCAACGUAUCCAGUCCGGUAGCGACGCCACAGAAAGUAGCAAGGGUCAAGAAGGAACCCACAACAAAGCGAUCUGUCUCCACCGUCAAGAAAGAGAGCCGCGUCUCAACAUCGUCAUCAACCUCUUCACGAUCUCGCGUCAAGCAAGAGCAGUACGAUCCAACGCCGAUGCGCUCCUCUCCAUACAUCAAGUCCGACCCACACCAAAACCACUAUCAACGCGAGCCUUCACUACUCCUCAGCGGUACUUACUCCAUCGAUUGUGCGACUGCUAGCUCCGUUUUCGACGACUAUAACCUCGACCUCACGCUCGCUCGCGAUUCCUCCCGUGGCUUAUGGUGGGCAACAUUUCGCUGGGGCGCUUGGGACGGUAUCAUCCAGAUGAACCCAGGUCCAAGUGACUCCAAUAGCCUAGGUCUACCUUGUUCACUGGGAUGGCGUCUUCGUGAUCUAAACACCGGCAAGCUGACGUUUGGUCGUAAGUGUACUGGUACGAUGACGUUCUUCAGGGAUGGUAUGGUGGAUGGUUGUCUCUAUGAGGUGCCGGGUGUUGGCGAUUUGGUUUUCGAGGGCACCAGGAUGGCUGGUGGUAACUUGGAGGAUGAUUUGAAGGAAGAGUGGGAUGGCUUUGUUACCGAGGCUUAUCGCCGUUGA